AUGCAGGUGCGAGUUGAGAUCCUCAGCGGCUCUAUUGUUGGUGAAGAUUCUGAUAGUACUCGUAGUCGACAAGACCGGAUGGUCUUCGCAACGAACCUCCCAUUUGGGGUCACUCGAGAGAAUUUAGCGCACGCCCUGGGCAAUAUUGGCCGCAUUGUUGACGUGGAGAUAUUCAACGGCAGGGCCUCGAGCGCGGAUUCGAUUUCUGAUAGUUCGCAAAGUUUUGCGGCUCACGAGUCGCGUAUAACAGCAUUGAUCGAAUUUGAAACGGAAAAGUCGGCGAGGAUGUGCCGGUCGAAUGUGGCUCGGCUCUUUGGUAUUGUUUGUACGAGUGCUGAUGAUGUUUCUAACAGAGUCAUGCGCCUCGAGCCUGCGAUAUUCAAACGAACACUUAUGAUCACAAGAGUUGCCUGGCAAUAUAUGCUCUCUGAAGUAUUAGAGAGUAUUGGGUCCAUCAUAACUGCUGACACCAACGCACGUCUUGAGAUGAGGGUUCGCAAUGCGCCGAUAUUCGAGAUCCCCAACGCCGACCUUUCCAAGACGUCCACUCCCUUGAGGAGCCUGCGUGUCACUUCUGAGUCGGCGAGAACUGUAGAAGUCAGUCAGGACCCUCCAGUUAGCGUUGAUGAAGUUUUAAAGCUCAAGGUCUUGAGAGACGCUGAGGCCCUGGGGGGCUCGGGUGGACAUGAGGGUGAGACUACUGUUGAUGUUCUGAGUGAUACCAGAUGGUUCGUACAAGAACAGCUCAACGGUGGUAUCAUUUGCCUGAG